AGCGGACUGACCAAUGAGAAAGGCAGUUACCUGAGGUGCCCGGCUACUAAAGUGGACUUUGGCCUGAGGCAAGACACAAUGUCCGCGGUUACUCUAAGCCUCUAUGCUGAUACCUGUCGAAGAAAACGUUGAACACGCGAAGAUUUUCAAACUACAAAUGAUGGGCUAGGACAACGUUAUCUAAUGGAGAUCCCUGCCAUUUUGCUGCUCCAUGAUGAGUAUGGCAAAUAUAAGGAAGGGGUCUCCUCCACACACAGGCAGCUGGUACUAACACUCCGAGAACACCGACCUAAUAUACCUUUGUUCAGCACUGUUUUGAAUGCAACUGAUGCUGACAAACAGGACGCACACCAUGAUGGAGUUGAACUUUUAUUGCCUCAAGUCUACACAGGUGACCCAAGGGAACCAUCCCUGGCCUGGCUUACUUUUGAUCACCAUUCAAGAUACCCACAUCUUCCCUCAAAGGUCAGGAGCAUUGUUGGACAUUUUGACAUCACAAACAAAGCGGCAGUUAACCUUAAACAAAGAUUUCCAAAUGCAAAAGUCAUCCUCUUCACCCAUGACAUACCAGAGGACACUGAAAACUACAAGGGAGCUGAAAAGGCUAUGUGCAUAGAGGCAAAGAAAAAGUCCAUCCUUGAAGAUGCGAAAGAGGCUGAUGUAGUCUUUUCUCUCGGAAACAAGAUAUUUGACUAUUUUCAAAACGAGUUCAGAGCCAUAUGUGAUGAAGAGAAGCCGCCUCACCAUGUCAAGUUUGUGCCAAGGCCUUCCAAGAUCUUUGAAGAUGCAAGGCCUGUUUACAUUGAGGCAGAGACAAUGGUUGUCCUCUCCAUUGGUAGAGUCACAAGUCUUACUGCUGAAUCCCUGAGCAUUGUUGCGGAGAGGAGGAAUAUCAAGUGGCGUGCCAGUGUAGUCAACAACGAAGAUGACUUUAAAGCAAGCAAGGAAAUUCUUGACCACAGCAAAUCAACUCACUUACAAGUGACCCUUUAUCGUUGUGACUCACAAGAAGACAUCUGCCAGCACAUGAUGCAAGCCCACCUUGUUCUGAUGCCCUCUUGUGCUGAACCAUUUGGACUGAUUGGCUUGGAGGCCAUUGCUGCUGGCGUUCCUGUUCUUGUAUCAAGCAAAUCUGGACUGGCAGACUUCAUUAAAGAACAUAUAAAAGAGCUGCGCCAUUCCAUUGUUGAAAUGAUGGAAUUUAGUAAAGAAGGCGCAAAGCACUUGGCUAAAAGCAUAGAGGACAUUUUGAAAAACAACAAGACAGAGUUUGAAGAUGCAGCAAGAUGUAAGAAGAAGCUUCUGUCCACAGAGUACUGGAAAGAGUCUCAUCAUCAAUUCAUCAAAGCCUGUACAUGUGUGACUGAAGGUGAUUUAUAAGCAUUAUUUUUCCAGACUAUAACAAUAUGAUGA